AUGAGUCCCAUAGUCUACAAAGUCGCCGUCCUAAUAUUCCACGGCGCAGACAUCCUCGAUUUCACCGGACCAAUCGAGAUCCUCUCCCACGUCUCGUGCAGAUACAAGGACAAAGAGAAAGGCAAAGACGACGGCGACAUCAGUGAGCCUCAAGGACAACCAAUCUUCGAAAUAACGACCAUCGCCCGCGACGAAACCAUUACAACGAGCUGCUCAACAAAGAUAAGAGCAGACAUGCUCCUAUCAAACGCCUACCCAAUCAUCAGUACCUUCAACAUUCUCAUCGUGCCCGGCGCCGCCCCAACCCUGAUCCACGCCCUAGUCGAGCACAAGACGCCGGAGAAAGAUCUCGUUCGCGCAUACGCCCGGACAAACCCGUCCCGACCUCGGAUUAUUUUCUCUAUAUGCACGGGGGCAUUCCUGCUCGGUGCGGCGGGGAUUCUGCCCGGGACAACAGUGACGACGCACCAGCAUGCAUUGGAGAUGUUGCGGGGGAUCUGCGCCGGCGCCGGCGCCAGCAGCAACGGCAACGGUAACGGUCACGGCAACGGGACGAAAGACAUACCGCGAAUUGUGAAACGACGAUUCGUAGAUGGGGGAUAUGUGCGUGAAUCGCGGGUUCAGGUAGUGACAGCUGGGGGGGAUUAG